AUGGCAGACGUUAUUAUCGUGGGAGCAGGCCUCUCCGGCCUUGCGGCGGCCGAGAAGCUCGUGGCGGCCGGCAAGUCAGUCGUUGUCCUCGAAGCACGCGACCGCGUCGGGGGCAAGAUUUACGACUCGCACUUUACCACACCCACUGUACGCGGAUAUGCCGAGACGGGAGCGUCGUUUAUCGGUCUCGGUCAGACAGAAGCCAUCGCGCUCAGCGAGAGACUUGGCCUUCGGCUAUUCGAUACAUAUGACAAAGGCAUGAUUGUCGUCUCUUCCCCCUCGGGCGAGCGCAAGCUAUUUGACCCAGAAGACCCCAAGUCUGCAGCAUCGGCAUUUUCAACCAAAGCCACUAAACAGCUCGAGGCCGUCGUGGUCCAACUCGACUCGAUGGCCGCGGAACUGGAUCUCACCACGCCAUGGAGUCAUCCCAAGGCCGUCGAAUGGGAUUCCCAAACGCUGCAUUCCUGGAUCGGCGCCCACCUCUCAGACCCCGAGGCAGUGGCGGUGCAUCUCGCCCAGUGGCGGGCAGUCCUGUCCGCCGAAGCAGCCGACGUGUCGCUGCUCCAGGCCCUGACGUACAUCGUAAAAGCCGACGGCAACUCCCCCGAGCGCGGUGGAAAAGGCAACUGGGCACAACUAAUCAGCAUAAAGGGCGGCAGUCUCGAGAAGCGUGUCGAGAACGGGCCCCAGCUUCUAGCUAUUCGGCUCGCCGAACGUCUCGGCAGUAACGUCGUCAGGACAAACUCUCCCGUGUCCGGUAUUAGCAAACGCGGCAGCGAGUACAUCGUCCACAUCGAGCCUCGAAUCGACGAGCCCAAGUCCGUCGUGACGGCUCGCAGCGUCAUUCUCGCCCUAUCGCCGCCGCUCGUGUCGCGGCUGCGAUUCGACCCCCCCCUGCCGAUUAGCUGCUCCAUGCUCGGCCAGCGCAUGAGCAUGGGCGCCGUGGGAAAGGUCAUUGCCGUCUACGAAACGCCCUUUUGGCGCGAUGACGGACUGAGCGGCCGGGCAUUCGGGCUCGCUGAUUCCCACGUCAAGUUUACCUUUGACGCGUCGCCCGCCAACGCUUCCUGCGGCAUCAUCAUGGGCUUCCUUGUGGGCAACUACGCCCGCAGGCUCGAUGAUAUGAGCGAUACACAUGUCCAGGAGGUAGUUGCCCGCGAGUACGUCCGCUUCUUUGGUCCCAAGGCAGAGAAUGUGCAGCACUGGAUCGUGCAGCGCUGGAACAGGGAGGAGUACUCGCGCGGUGGCCACUUUGGGUUUUGCCCGCCUAAUGUCAUGACUGUUUAUGGGGAGGACCUCGCCGCACCGCCUGUGGGCGAUAUCUUCUUUGCCGGGACGGAAUUGUCCAGCCGGUGGGCGGGGUUUAUGGAAGGUGCUAUUCGAGCAGGUCGCGCGGCGGCGGACGGUAUUAUCGAGCGCUUCAUGGACCAGAGACGCGGUGGCUCCUGA